UUACUCCAAACGGCACGUAGUUUCUUAGUCACUGCGAAUCAGUGUCAAGUACGAAGACCUCGGAGGCUCGGACUAUCAGUCCUCCGGUUUCAAUGGAGGUUUUGCAGUUACCAAGGUCUUCGCCGGAGCUUCCUUUCCGUUUUUCUCCGAUACCACUGAAUCUUCCAAAUCGUAGUCGAAUCAAAACUUUCCGGCCGUUGUCAGCAAUCGCCGAUUCUAGAUCCGGUACACCAGAUUCAGAAUCCCGGAACCGGAUAUGCAUUCUCGGGAUGGGAUACGUCGGAGGCUUUUUUGCGCAACAGCUCAAAGAAGCAGACUGGGUGGUUUCAGGGACUUGCAGGAGUAAUUCGAAGAAGAAAGAAUGGGAGAAGAGAGGAAUCAAUCUUCAGCUAUUUUCUGCAGAUUCACCUGAAUGGAGUGUGCUUGAAACAGUGAAAGAUUACACGCACCUGCUCGUUUCCAUUCCACCUUUAGCAGGCAUUGGUGAUCCGAUGUUGCGGAUUGUCGAACUUGUCAGAGACAAGCUUACUAGUGGAAAUCUACGAUGGCUUUGUUAUCUCUCAUCGACAAGUGUGUAUGGAGAUUAUGGUGGUGCUUGGGUCAAUGAGGAUGAUCCCCCAAAUCCUAAAACUCAGACAGCCAAACUGAGGUUAGCUGCAGAGGAAGGAUGGUUAAGCUUGGGUCGUGAUCUUGGGAUUUCGACUCAAAUCCUUCGACUUGGAGGUAUCUAUGGACCUGGUCGAAGUGCGAUUGAUACGUUGUUAAAGCGGCAGCAUUUGUCUGAAAGUCAAAAGAGAAGAGCGUCCCGGAGAUUCACUUCGAGAGUCCAUGUUGAAGAUAUAUGCCAAGCUCUUCAAGCCGCCAUUAAAAAGCCAACAUCAUCAGGGGAGGAGAUCUACAACAUCGUUGAUGAUGAUCCAGCACCAAGAGAAGAGGUGUUUGAAUAUGCCUUGAAGUUGAUUGAAAAACGCUGGGCGGUAAAGAUCGAAACAAAACCAUUUCUGUAUGAAUCUCAGGAGGAAAGUUCAUUGAGAGGCGAGAAACGAGUCCGUAACGAACAUAUGAAGAAUAAACUAGGAGUGAAGUUGAUGUAUCCUUCGUACAAGUCGGGAUUGCCAAGCAUAGUCGACAAGAUGGACAACCCUUUUUAAGCCCCGAACAAAAACAAAAAAAAUGUUGCUAAUCAGUUUUAAGAGUGCUAAUGGUGUUAUCAAUGGAAAAUUUUUUUUCAUCUUUUAAGAUGUUAGACAGAAAGCUCUUCUUCGAUGUAAUUUCAGAAAUUAUACGUUCCAAAUUAAAGAAUUCUCAAAAUUCAAAA